CAAUUGGUAUCAAUGUUAACCUCAUUGACGUAAGUCAAUCAACUUGUUUUUAUUAUUGUUUAGCAUGAAAAUAAAUGAGAAAAAUCUGUGUUCGUUCGCCGUGUCGGCGACCCCCGUGGACAAAGAGGGCUAUUUGAACAAACGCGGCGAAGUGAACCGCAACUUCCAGCGGCGCUACUUCAUGCUAAAAGGCAACCUCUUGUUCUACUUCGACAAGAAAGGGGACAAGGAGCCGGUGGGCGUGAUAGUUCUCGAAGGCUGCACGAUCGAACUCGCCGAAGACGACGAGCAAUUCAGCUUCAAAAUCGUCUUCCAUGGCCUCAACAACCGCAGCUACAUUCUGGGGGCGGAGUCCCAGGAGGCCAUGGAGCAGUGGAUGAAGGCGUUGGCCUGCGCCGGCUACGACUACAUGAAACUGAUGGUGGCGGAGUUGCAGCGUCAGCUUGACGACAUUGACGAGACGCCGCUGCCGGUCACGCAGGCGGUUAACUCGCCGGUGCCCCCUCCGAGGCACCGGCACAACCCGUUCAACAAGCCCGAGAACAACACGCCGCACCAGCGCUCGCACAGUUUGCGCUCGAAUAACAACUCAGUGAGAAUGGAGGAGAAUCGAUGGGUGGACUCGGUUCCGCAGUCGAAGGCGAGUAUCACGUUUCGGGAGUUGCACAACGCGUACGGGAGGCCGAUUUUGAGGGACUUUAAUUUUUGGAAAAACGAGCAGAAGCAGAUGUUGCAGAAGUCGCAGACGGUGGAGAAUUUGAUCACGUUUUAACGAGUGAGAGUAUGAGUGGGUGUGAAUGAAAGCGGGAGUUAUACUCAUGGAGCGAUUUAUUAAUAAUACCUAAUUAUAUGUAUAUAAUUAUUUAUAAAGUUAUUAACAUUUUAUGUGUAUUUGCUAUUUCAACUAAUGUCAAUAAAAUAUUUACAAAUUUA